AUGAGCUUCCAGGCGGCCAUCAACGCCAACGUCUCUUCGCUGCUCUACGAUGUCUCGCCCUCGUUGUCGAUGUCGAUUUCGUCCGUGCUCUUGGAACCUCAAACGGCGUUUGCGACCACAUCGCUUAAUUCGAUGACGCCCUUUGCAUCACUCCCGACCAUCUCGUUUGGCGCGACCAGCGUGGUGACUUUGCAGCUGAGUCUGUGGGGCUUCAGCGUCGGCAGCGUGCCCAAUGUGGCCUUGGCAACGCCAGUGGCGACGAUCGCGGCGUCUGUGCAGGCGCUGCUCGGCGGUAUGGGCCAGCUCAUUCUCACAUUUGCGUCGUCGCAUUCCGAAGCCAACAAGAUCAUGCCGCAACCGCAGAAGGGCGCUGGAUCCAACAAGAACGUCGCCAAGGGCAAGGGCAAGGACACCGACUCGGGCAAGGGCGGCAACCACACGGGCUCGUCCGGCGGCAAGGGCGCCCAGGGCGGCCGCUAAAGCCCCUUGGACACGUCAAGACGCCACUGCCAUACCACGACCAAAAUGCGCGUGUACACACUAGCAAUCGUCGUACAAUCAAAAAUAAAAUAAAAUAAAUCUCCUCAACGAAAGAAG